AUGACCUUCCCUCUUAUAAUUCCAUCGGGUGUCCAUCAGGUCAUCAUAGCUACAACUUUGUUAGCUGUUCUAGCUUUCGCUGAGCCACCGCCAUCACCAUCCUACCUCCCUCCCUCAACACGCAGCCAGCAGGGCUACCCUCAAGGUCCUCCUUCAGGCUUCUUAGCAUCAGCCGGGCCCCAGGUGGUUGCUGCUAGAACCUUCAACCGUGGACCACAGGGAGGCCAUGGAUCGCAUGGUCUUCAAGGCAACGAUUUUGCCAGGAAUAGUCCUCAUGGCCACGGUAGCCAAGGGGCUCACGGCCGUGAGUCCCAGAGCGGGUACCCCAGUGCUGAAGACCAAGGAUAUGACCACAACGCGUCUCCUUUCGGCCGGAACGCUCUUGAUGAUGCCAAUCCAGAACCCGCGAAUUACAACUUUGGAUACAUGGUGAAUGAUUACCAAGAAGGAACUGAUUUUGGUCAUCACGAAGAAAGACAGGAGGAGAAGGCGUUGGGAGAGUACCAUGUUGUUUUACCAGAUGGCAGGAAACAGACUGUGAGUUACGAAGCCGACGAGCGUGGCUUCAAGCCUCACAUCUCUUACCAAGACGCAGACUCCGAUAACCUUGGUCGCUCCGGCUAUGACUCCAACGCCAACAACUUUCGCAGUAAUGGCGCCUCCCGUAGCAACCACGGCAAUGGUUAUAAUGGUAACCAUAGCAACGGGCGCAACAGCGGCUACUGA